AUGGUCUUCUUCACCUUCCAGCAAACCAUCUCCCAGAGCCGCUGCAGGGGGGGAUUUGUUUCCCUGAGCCCUGGCAGUGAUGACAUUCUCAGCUGUGUUUACAAGUGGGCUUGAGACUCCCGAGCUCUAGUGGUGGCCAGGAGCGCUCCAGAGGAGAUGGUGACCAGCAGCUUUGCCUCCUUCAUCCACGCCGUUCGACCCGAGCACUUGUCCCAGACGGUCCGGCACAGGAGCAAGAGGAUGAUCCUGGACAGCCUGGGCGUGGGGCUGGUGGGCAGCACCACGCACGUCUUCGACAUCGCUCUGCAGUACUGCCGGGAGCUGUACUCCUCGGUGGCGGUGAGCUCGGUGUACGGCAAGCCCGGCCUCAGGCUCUCCCCCACGCUGGCUGCCUUCGCCAACGGGGUUGCGACUCACUCCAUGGACUUCGAUGAUACCUGGCACCCCGCUACUCACCCAUCAGGGGCUGUUCUGCCAGCUCUUCUGGCAGCUUCCCAGAUGCUACCUCCAAGCACCAAACCCAAUGGCAUGGAUUUCCUGCUGGCGUUUAAUGUGGGCCUGGAAGUGCAAGGAAGGCUCAUGCAUUUCUCCACAGAAGCUCACAACAUUCCAAAAAGGUUCCACCCUCCCUCGGUGGUGGGCACCAUGGGCAGUGCUGCAGCCACGGCCAAGCUGCUGGCUCUCAGCACAGCCCAGUGCACCCACGCUCUGGGCAUCGCCGCCUCGCUGGCAGGGGCACCCAUGGCCAACGCUGCCACCCAAGCCAAGCCCUUGCACAUCGGGAACGCCACCCGCCUGGGCUUCGAGGCAGCCCUGCUGGCUGCCCGGGGCAUGGAGGCCAACCCCUUCAUUCUGGAUGAGAUCCCAGGUUGCUCUGGAUUCAGUGCUUUCUACGGUGUCUACCAACCCAAACCACUCUCCACACCAAGCGAGCAGCACGAGUUCCUCUUGGAGAAGCAGGAUAUCGCUUUCAAGCGAUUCCCCGCUCACCUGGGGAUGCACUGGGUGGUGGACGCUGCCUUGUCUGUCCGGAACCUCUUCAUCAACUAUGCAGGGUCCUUCUCUCCCUCUUUGAUCCGCACCAUCGUGCUGAAGAUCCCAGUGUCCAAGUACAUCAACCGGCCUUUCCCCAGCUCUGAACACCAGGCCAGACACUCCUUCCAGUUCAACGCCUGCAGUGCCCUGUUGGAUGGGGACGUGGGCCUCAGCUCCUUCACUGAGAGCAGCAUCCACCGGCAGGAGCUGAGGGAACUGCUGGACAAGGUGGUGGUGGAGCACCCUGAAGAUAACGUGGCCAACUUUGACAAGAUGUACGGAGAGGUGGCACUGCUCCUGCACAGCGGGGAUGUCCUGACAGGCAAAUGUGACACUUUCUAUGGGCACUGGAGGAAGCCUCUGAGCAAAGAAUCACUCCUGAAGAAGUUUCGAUCCAAUGCCUCUCAUGUUCUUCCAGAGGAAAAAAUAGAAACCAUCAUCACUAUGGUGGACAACCUGGAGAAUCUGUCUGACAGUUCCCAGUUGGCCUGCAGCCUGUGA